GCAUUAAUGAAACAUAAUUUAUAAGCAAAGUAAUAAUUAGAUAUUAAUCAUCAAGGAAAAAUAAGAGAAAUAUAACUGGAGGAGAGAUCCAUUUGAAUUAAAUUGAUGAGGCUGAUAAAAUUAAUGAAGAUGCUUCAUAAGAUUACGAAAGCAAUCUAUUAAAAGUAUUAGAUUUGCAACCGGAGAUCACUAAAAUAUUCAUUGAAAGUAUUUUCACAAUAUAAUCAAAUAGAUUUGACAAAUGGCAGUUUCAUUGAAUUGAAUGAACAAGCAUUAAGAAGGAAAAUUCAAAUGAUGGAAGAAAGCAGAAAAUAGUAAAUUCAAACUGAAAAUGUGUUGUUAGUUUUGAACAAAUUAAUUCAUGAGGCUAUCAAAUUAAUAGACAGAUUUAUCUUCUUUUUCUAAGGAUUAUUGGCAGGUAACCUUUAAAAUUAACAAGGGAAUGACAUUGAUGCAUGUUUUCAUUAUUUUUCUAGGCUAAAGUACAGAUAAAGAAGGAUUAACAACAUUCUUUAAAUUAUAUGCUAAAUACUGCUUAAGAGUAGAUUAAGUUUUUCAUAUCAUAAUAUUAAUCAGUGCAUUUGGUAGCUUAUUUGUUUGCAUUCAAUUAAAGGAUUAGUAAGACAAGACCAAGAACAAUUAAGAUAAAAAGUUCUUUAUCCAAUCAAUAAUUAGCGCUCUUUGUAAUAGAUUCAUAAUAAUGUAGUUUAUAAUAUUGCUUAUCUGUUAUGGGUGAUAGGACAUAAAAAUAUAGUAGAAUUAUCAAGUGGAAUCACUCAGGAUGACACAAAUGAUCAAGUUUAAGCUGUAAUUGAUGGGUCUGCAUUAUACAAUUUUUGGACUUAUACGUAGAUAGCAAUUACUGUUCUUACUGUAUUAGGCUGGUUUAUAUCAGUAAAUACAACUGAAAGUAAUCUUAACUAUUUGGCUUCAGUCGAGGCAGAGUAUGAAAUAAUCAAUUAUUUAAUAGUCAAAUAUUUGGUGAUGAAAAUAGGAAGGAAAAAUGA